UCAGUUUCAGUUGUAAACACCGUCACACACUGAACUCCAUCAGCUUCUUGGUUGACAGACACUUCCCUCGUCACACACAGUCCAUCAAGUCCAUGGCGAUGAGGAGGAACAAGGUUCACGAGUUCGAGGCCGAUGUGCCCGCCGCCGAGCUAUGGGGGCUCUACGGCACGCUCCGUGCGGCCGAGCUGCUGCCAGAGCUUCUCCCGCAGGUGCUCGCCAAGAUACAGCUCGUGAGCGGCGACGGCGACGUCGGCACCAUCUUGGAGCUCACAUUUGCUCCAGGGAUCCCUGGCCUGGAGACAUACAGGGAGAAAUUCAUCAAGGUUGACAAUGAGAACUACAUCAAGGAGGCGCAGACGAUCGACGGAGACAUCCUGAAGCUCGGGUUCCUCUAUUACAUGGUCAGGUUCGAGAUCAUCGCCAAAGGACCCAGUUCUUCAGUGAUAAGAUCGACCAUUGUGUAUGAGAUAAAUGAGGAAACUCACCCCGGGCUUGAAGCUAUGGUCAGCACCGGACCUCUGGCUGCAACUGCUGAGAAAUUUGCAGGGUACCUCAAGGAGCAGAAGAUCCCUCAGAGCAGUUAAUUCUUGCAACAGCUCAGAGCAAAAGUGUACCAAUGCUUUGAGAGAAAUAAUGUCUGAUUCCACGUUGUGUGUUUUCCCUGAAAAAUAAAUGACCAAUGAUCAAACAUAUUAGGAUAGUAUGUUUGAUCAUAUGAAUAUCACAUAGUUGAUAUAUAGAUAUUUCGCGGUCCAUGUACCUUAACUUUAUUAGUUUCAUGAAAAUGAAGUUGGGAGCCUUGAUGCUCCUUUUCUCGAAGAAAUGUACCUUAACUUGUUUUGGUUAAUUUAGGUUUGAUUAAAAAAGUACCACGGAUUUCAUUAUGUA